UCGAGCACCAAUAUGGGUUUUCUUCAACGAAUCUCUUUGAUGAUCACAUCUUUGAUCAUUCUGCACACUAUCCCAUCGACCACAUCCAUCUCAAUCACACCAGACGCCCCAACAAUGAUUCUAAUCGAUAGCAUAUGUGUCAACACCAAGAACAUGUAUUAUUGUGAGCAAAGUAUCAUCUCGAAACUCGGUAACCCCCAUGCAGAAAUCAAGACCAUAGCUGAUAUCGCAGCGUUCAACGCAGUGUACCUCAUCACAAGUGCAGGCAAUUACAUUAGAGAUAAAUUUAUUCCCAUAGCAGAGAACCCUCUGGUCAAGAACCAGCUUGUUCUUUGCCUUGCGACGUACAGAGCUGUACAAAAGCUUCUCGAAGGUGCUUAUCUGGCAGACCGCCGAGGUGAUUAUUCGGAUAUGAGACACUAUCAAUCAAGUGUGCUUGGUAUGCUCGAUAAUUGUAAAACAGAUUUUGAUUAUAUGGUGCGUACAAAUUGGGGGGUUAGGUUAAUGAUCAAUAUCUCUUUAUUAGCAACUCGUCAGCUCCCUGCACAAUAAUAAACUUUGUAGUUUUGGAACUCUUCAAUAAUUUAAGUCUAAAUUAUAGCUUUUAG